CACACACACACGCCACAGAACAGAGAAUCCACAUAAUUUCCACUGCACUGCGUGCUUACACCGUGUAUUACACGGGAUGUCAGCUGCACUGCAUCCGCACGUAAUAGUUUGAUUAACAUUCGGUGAAGACAGAACUAACUCACAGCAAGUGAAAACAAACAGAUAUUGACCAACCUUAAAGUCACCAUGACUGCCUCUGUUCUGUGAUCCCUUGUUGCUUUGGAGUAUGACAGCGCCUAUGACAGCAGUCGGUAUGGGAAAUCAGCGCUACUUUGACGUCUACCUGGAUGAUCCAAGCUCCAGCGAAGAAGAUGAAUACAUUGACCUCAGUCGACCUUUGAUGUCGCCAAGGAAGUUUCCUCACAGAAUACCUUCACGUCCCACCCCAGUGAAAACGAACACACCAGACACAAAACUUCCCAAACGCAAGCCAGUAUGGUACUUCAAGAGGAAGAAGGAUUGCCUCCAAGCUUUUUAUAUUGUCAUGAUUAUCAUGGUGAUUGUUAUAUUUGCCUUAGUUUUGAUGAGGAUCUUGAACGAUGCAUCCAAACACAGGACAAGUGACGAUAAGAAACAGAGUCAUCUGACAGCCAUUGCUGCACUUGGGAACUUUGCCAUGAGUAGGCCUUUCGGGAUCAACGUUAAUUUGAAGCCCACAGCAAAGCCCACUUUGUCUUCCAUUGUGAUAGAGCCUUCAGAGGCUAUUCCAAAGACUCCAACAGUUGCCAGUCAUGGAGAAAAAUCAAAAGUGGAUGAAGAUGUUGAAGAACCAAAACAAGAGCCUCAAAGAAAAGUACUUCCUUGUACCAAAUAUACUGUACAGGAUGUCUGGGUUCAGAACAUUCCGCAGCUACAGCUUGAGUCGGGCAUUCGACUCCUAGAUGUCAACCAGGAUGGUGUGCUGGAUGCGAUCAUAGGAUUUUCCACAGAUGCCACUGCCUAUUUUGCCGACCAGUACCUGAUGUGUUCUAUCUACUUCAAUGGAACGGUUCCUUGUUUUGGAGGAGUUCUUGCCCUGGACGGCAUCACUGGUCAGGAACUCUGGAGGCACUAUUCAAGUAUGGAGGUCUUUGCUGUUAACUGCAAUGGUGACCUGACGGGAGAUCGGGUCAAUGACUGUGCCAUAGCAGGCAGGGCUGGGGUUAUGGAAGCAGUCGAUGGCACAAGUGGGAAGCUACUGUGGAAGUACCAUGUUCAAGAACCGGGCGAGGCUCUUAGCAACUUCUACACUGCACAGUUUAUACAUGAUGUCAAUGGGGAUGGAGUCCGAGACUUGCUCAAUGCCCUCGGGGGUGAUCCUGUGAGAGAGCCAGGUGCUCCAGUGACCCAUACUGGAAAUGUAAUGCUUCUGAGUGGCUUGGACGGUAGUGUCAUCAGCAUGUGUGGAGUACCUGAUGGCAUGGAAUCAUAUUACUCUCCUCAGAUUUUCUAUCAGCAUGGUGGGAAAGCCAUGGUUCUAUUCGGAACUGGGGGAGAGACGGUGGGAGGCUCCCUGUGGGCUAUACCUCUCGAUGACAUCAUUAUUUGUAACAUGACACAGGCAAAGGUCAUCUACACUGACCCCUUCAAGGGUGUGAUGACGCCCCCUGUCCUUGUUGACCUCACUGGCGAUAGGGUCAAAGACAUUGUGAUGGCCAUGUUCAACUCAACCGUUAUAGCGUUCAAUGGUCAGACGUAUCAACAGCUUUGGAAUUACUCCAUGCCUUCUUCAGAAUCCUACAGUACACCAGCUGCUGGUUUCUACAAUGAUGAUGAUGUGCCUGACUUCAUGGUUGUCUAUAACUAUGGACCUGGCUACCCUCUCUACUACUAUGUACAGAUCAACAUCUUGGAUGGAAGGAAUGGGCAACCUCUUCUCCAGAAGAAUAUCAUCAGCUCAGGUUCAGCAACCACCUCCCCACUGACCGUGAGUACAGAAGGGUACGGCAAUGAUGCAUUCUUUUACUGGAGACUAGCUUGUGAAGGGCAUGAGCAAGAGACAGAAGCUUUUAGUUUUACUGGAGAAGGAGGUAAAAGCAAGGGCUCUUUAAGUCGAACCAAUUUUUGUCGAGAGAGGUUCAAUUCAGGCUCUGUGACCACAGGCAGCCUUCUCAAUCAGCAUAUGGAUGUACCUGGACAGGUCGUUUACACAUCAGCUGAUCGCUUUGAAGAUGAGCAUAGGUAUACAGUAAACGCUACCCGUUUGGCCAUGGAUUACCUGAAGAAAUACCCUGAAGUGAUACCCGUCAUACUUGAUGCCCAGAAACAGGGCGAUAAAGAGGAAGAGAGCAAGUCCCAUGAAGAUGAUGAUCAGAAAGGAGGCAGUGCCAAGGAAGAAAAUAAGCAGUCAGCUACUGAUUCAGCAUUACCAAAUUCUCACAAUCAGGAUUCUGAGCCAACAACAAUACCACCUCAAUCUAGGACACAUUCAUUAGACUUCCAGAAUGAAUAUGACAAACUUUUGGCAAGACUGUCUGCCCUAUCAGACAAUCUCAAAGACCAAGACAAUUCUCCUGAUGACCAGGAGUUCAAGUCCCCUGACCAAAGAGAUUCUCCUACCAAAGCAACCAACCUGGAAAUCAACUCUGACAAAAGUGAUAAGAUCCCAACAGAAAGCUCUCAGGCAAAAGAAGAAACUGAAGCUGUUGACGUGACUUUGACCACAACCUCACCUUCUGAUGAUGAUGCGCUAUUAUCUGGAGAUAUUGCAGGAGGACUUAAAGACCUUGGACUUCCAGAAUCUUGGUUUGAUUCUCCGAAGGAGAAGAAAUCAGGACAAGAAAGUGGUGAUGAAACUCCCCAAGAUGACCUACAAAACCUUUCAGAGGAAGAGCUUGAGGGAAUCCUCAAGGACCUUCUUGAACUAGACCAGGAAGCAAAGAAUGAUGGAAAGACAAAGAGGUUUGUGUCGAAACGCAACGCCAAGAUGUUUGCCUCCAGGUCGGACACGCCAAGGUAUAAGCAACACCAAAGAUCUAGACGUCACGCAGGACUCCAUGAUGAAGGAGGCAUCCAGAGGCUCAUCUCUACUGGUACCCUGGCUCCACCUCUUAGUCCGGUCCUGGAUGACCUACCCAGCGAUCCAAACAGCAUUGAUGUCAUCUUUGCAACUUACUGGUUCUAUCCCAAACCAAAUAGGAUCAUCACAGCAAGAGAGCAGAAAUGCCUUGAUGAUUGGACCAAUAAUGAGCAACAGAGAAUGGAUCCCAGUAAUGAAUACUAUGGGCUUGACCAUGAUGCCUAUGAACAUCUGGGAUCAGACCAUUGUCGGAAGUUGGCUGCCUCAGCUACAGCAUCUCCUACAGAGUCACCUACCGACCCCCUCAACAUCUAUCCCUUCAACUUGGAUGCGGGGGAGAUGACGGUCUACAGACUACGGCUCUCCUGCGACUGCGGCCUCAAGGAGGCACAGAGGACCAACCCAGGAGCGCGCUGUGCCAAGAUACUCCCCUACCACCAGCAGGAGUGGGGCGCAUACAUGGGCACGUAUGGGAACAGUUACUUCCGGGAGAGAAUCAAAGAGGAUCCAAAGGCAUGAGUUUUGUUCUAGAGUGGUGCUAAGUACCUAAAGUAAAGGGUGUACAGUACCAAAGUAUUUUCACACCAGCAUUGGAACUCCCUCCCUUCUUCACUUCGUGAAAUUGACAGCAUAGAUCUCUUUAAACCAUCUCUCAAAACUCGCUUAUUUCGGCAGAUGUGUAGUGAUUUAACUUAUUGGAUGAGCUUGCGCCCAUGAAUGUUUUUAACAGAUAAAUGGCGCAAUAUAAAUGCUGUGGAUCAUCAUCACCAUUAUUGAUGGGGUGGAAGUAUGAAGAUAUAGAAUAUUAUAUCAAUUUGUAUCCACCCGUCAACGGCGUUUGGAUGCACAGCUAUUAACAGGUAAAGCUAAUGCAGAUAUCUUCUGAAUCAAAACCAAAUUAUGAAGAUAAAAUGGGACAAAAGAAUAAGGCAUGCUUAUAUUGUACAAUGUUGUGAUGUUAAAGAUUAUUACAUAAUUAUGACUUGUAGCAAGAUUCAAAAUUUAUAAUGUAGACUGCAUAUACAAAUUUAUAGAAAACUUGAGUAGAAAUCCAAAGAUGACAGUUGCCUUAUUGAUACUCAAUAGAUGAGCCAAAUCACAACAUGGAGACAUGUGAUAUUGGUGUGAUAAAAACUGCCGAUUUUUGUAGCAUAGAAAGAAGGAUUUCAAUAUCUAUUUCAUUUUUGAUGAUUUGAUUUAAAACCCACCAAGCAUAUUCUAGUCAGUUUUGAAUGAAUGCUAAAGACUGUGCAGUGAUGUAAAUCAAAGAAAUAAUUCAGAUAUGAAAAAUGAAAUAUAUAUAUGUAUAUUUACAAAAUCAAGGAUGACUUAUGAUUUUAUUUUUUCAUGGUAUGAGGAAAUAUGUAAUGUUGUGUAAUAUCUAUACACAGUAGUAAAGCAAGAGAUAUAUUUUUUUGCUGAUUGAUGCUUAUAUUAUACUCAAGGUCAGAGUCCAUUGUGAAAGAAAGUUCCUGUGUUGUGAUAAAUAGCAAAUUGAUUUAUUUUUGUUUAAAUGUCAACACCCAUUCUUUGUAGAGAUAAUUUUUUAGGAGAUAAUAUAUGUAUGAAGCAAACACAUCUAGAUAAAUCUUGAUGAAGAAAAAAACUUUUUUUCCACAUUUAGCCCACUUUUACCUUUAUUUUUAAGAGCUGGUAUUCAGAUUAUUUCAGAUUUUUUGUAAAGAAUGUUAAGUGGCUAU